AUGAGUGUCGUACUGUUAUGGACAGUUAGUGACUUCCCUGCUUAUGCCAUGCUAUCUGGUUGGAGCACGCAUGGCAAACUAGCAUGUCCUUAUUGCAUGGGUAAUGCAUCUGCAUUCCAAUUACGAACCGGAGGAAAGUCUUGUUGGUUUGACUGUCAUCGCAAGUUCCUACCUAUGAGACAUCCUUGCAGGCGUGAUAGGAACCAAUUUCGUGUUAGACAUGCCGAAAAAGCUGAUGCACCCCCGCUAUUAACGGGAGAACAAAUAUGGGCAGAAGUCUGUAGACUUCCUACCAUUUAUGAUGGCAUCCCGCAUGGAUCAAGACACUAUAGAAAGCCCGCAGGUUUUGGAGUAACUCACAAUUGGGUAAAGCGGAGCAUUUUCUGGGAGUUGCCCUAUUGGCAUACUUUGUUAAUUCGACAGAACCUGGAUGUAAUGCACAUUGAAAAGAAUGUGUUUGAUAAUCUGUUUCACACGAUUAUGGAUACACCAAAAUCAAAGGACAACAUAAAAACAAGGAAAGACAUAACAGAAUAUUGCAACCGACCGGAGUUGCAUAUACGUGAAGAACGAAAUAAAGUAUUUAAACCGAAAGCCUCUUACACAUUGAACAAAGAGCAAGUACGAAAGGUGUGUGGUUGGUUGAAGAAGUUGAAAUUUCCAGAUGGCUAUGCUUCCAACAUAGGGGCAUUAGUAAAUGUUGAAGAUGGUAGUUUCUAUGGCUUCAAAAGUCAUGAUUGUCACGUGUUCAUGCAAAGAUUGCUCCCUAUUUCCAUUAGAGAGAUGGUACCGAAUACAAUAUGGGACGCUAUCACUAAGUUGUGCACAUUCUUUCGUGCAAUAUGCUCGAAAGUGGUCCAUGUUGACGACUUGCUUCAAUUGCAGACGAUAAUCGUUGAAACUAUAUGCAAGUUGGAAAGAGUCUUUCCACCGGGGUUCUUUGAUUCCAUGGAACACCUUGUGUGUUUGAUGAAGAGGUUAAACGUAACGAGCCGUAUAUUGAUGAAGCGGGGGCUCGAUAGACGAAGAAAUGAAGAAUUUGCGGGUUGGUUUGAGACCUAUGUUACGUCUGGGUAUGACCCCAUUACCGAUCGUCUAAAAUUUUUGGCUUCAAGACCACUCCGUUAUGCUAUUCAACACCCUGGUUUUUUCGUAAAUGGUUACAAAUUCCACACCCUAACACACGGUACCGGUCACACCACUCAUAACAGUGGAGUAUGCGUGAGAGGCUCUUGUUACUCAGAGUAUGAGUCUGACUACUAUGGGUUGUUGGAUGAAGUCCUAGAGAUAGAAUAUCAUGGGUAUGGACUCGGUCGUUGUGCUGUACCGAUAUUCAGAUGCACAUGGUUUGAUACGGUUAAUGGCGUUCGAGUUGACCCAAAACAUAAUAUUGUGGAUGUCAAACAUAGAUCAAGACUUCGUUCAGACGACCCGUUUAUUCUAGCAUCACAAGCUGAACAAGUAUAUUAUGUACCAUAUCCAUCAAACUCAUUAAAGGAUUGGUGGUCUGUGGUGAAAACAAAGCCAAGAGGGGUCUAUGACUUAGCGUCAUGUGUAACCGAAGUACCUUCCGAUGAAAAUGUGRAUGARGAACAAUUUUUUCAAGAAAAUGAUAGAAUAACAUCCAUAGGUACAAACGAAGAAGUGUAUGAACCCAUCUGUCUUGUCACGGAGGAAGAAKACAUAGAAGUUGCCAUUGAUGGUCGUGACAACUGGCAUGCUGACGAGAGUAGUGAUGAAGAAGAGUUUGAAGACUCCGAUAUCGACUUAGAUGAAGAAGAACCUGACUUGUCUGAUCACUCAUCAGAUGAUUAA